AAACCAAAAAAAAAAUAUUGGCGGCUCGCACACAAAGUGCAUUUUAUUUUUAUUUAAUAAUUACUGAAUAAAACAUUGCAAUAAUCAAACAUUGUAGUGCUAAUUAAAAGUGAGUAAUGAGUGGCCCAAACGGGAUGUUGUAUGGAGGAGACGAAAUUGGCGCGUUGGUCUUCGAUCCUGGACAUCAUUCGUUGAGGGUUGGAUAUGCCCAAGAAGACACACCAAAAGCUGAUAUACCAGCGGUAAUAGGCGUGGGACCGGCCACUCAUAUACCAGAUGCUGAAGAGAAGGUGCCAGAUGGCAAUGUCACUCAGACCGCCACCAAGAAGGAUGAGCUCAGAUACUACAUAGACGUCACUGAGUUACACGUUCCGAGACCUAACAUGGAGGUCCAGACAUAUAUGAAAGACGGGCAGGUGGACAACUGGGACUUAUUUGAGAAGAUGCUUGAUUAUUGCUACUCUAAGGUUAUAAGAUCACCAUCAGAGCACCACCCAGCGCUAUUCACAGAAGCUGUCUGGACGACCAGACCAGCUAGAGAAAAGCUGGCGGAACUGCUCUUCGAGAAGUACCAGGCGCCAGCGUUCUUCCUUGUCAAGAACGCGGUGUUGGCGGCGUUCGCCAAUGGCAAGUCCACCGCGUUGGUGGUUGACGCGGGCGCCAGCCAGACCUCCGCUGUGCCCGUUAUAGAUGGGUAUGCCUUAGUAAGCGCAGCAGUGAGGUCGCCAGUUGGCGGUGACCACUUAGCGGCACAAGCGAAGAACAUGCUCAAUAACUUACACAUACAAAUGCUGCCCAUUUACAGUAUAGCGAGUAAAGAAGUGAUUCGCGAGCGCGAGCGGGCCAAGUACACGGUGAAAACUCUACCCGCGGGGCUUACGACUUCCUGGCAGCAAUAUAUGCUGAAGCGACAGUACGAAGACUUCGUGCAUUGCGUGGCGCAGGUAUCAGAAUCAGUGUACGACGAACGCACGGCCGCCACGUUCCCCAUGGUGCACUACGAGUUCCCCGGCGGCUACCACCAGGACUUCGGCCCCGAGCGCUUCAAGCUCACCGAAUGCCUGUUCGAGCAAAACCUGGGCGCUCCGCACUUAGUAUGCGCAGCAGCGUCCGCCUGCGACGCGGACGCCAGAGCGGCGCUGUGGGGCGCGGUGGUGGCGUGCGGGGGCGGGGCCUGCGUCACGGGGUGGAUGGAGCGCCUGAGCAAGGAGCUGAGCAGCCGCGCGCCCUCCGCCCACAGGCUGAAGACCAGCGCGCCGCCCGCCCACCAUGAGAGGCGGUUCGCUGCUUGGAUUGGGGGAUCUAUAUUAGCGUCGAUCGGUUCGUUCCAACAGAUGUGGAUCUCUUCGCAGGAAUACGACGAAGGCGGGAAGGGACAGUUGGAGAGGAAGUGUCCUUAGAAUUAAUUGAUUAGUUAUAUUGUACUAGAGGAUGCCCGCGACUUCGUCCGCGUGGAUUUAAACUUUAUAGAUCCCGUGGGAACUGUUUGAUUUUCCGGGAUAAAAAGAUGCCUAUUUCGAUUACAGGGACGCGAGCUACUUC